AUGGUUAAGAUUUCCGUCCUCUCGGCUGUGGUGGCCCUCGCCUCGGGCGCCGCCGCCCAGUGCGGCUCUGGCAGCCCCCACGCCCGCGUUACCGGCUCCGGAAGCUCAUUCACGGCUACUAAGGGUUCUACCAACCUUUACACGGGCUCGGACUACCGCCUCGCCAUCCAGACCGCCCUGGACAACAUCUCCAGUGGUCAGCGUGUAGCUGUCAUUGCCUCUGGCUCGAUCGGUGCCAACACCAUCACCAUCUCGAGCGGCAAGAUCUUCGAGGGCUGUGGCACUAUUAACACCGCCCUGCGUAACGGUCGCGGUGCUAUCGAGUCCACAGACACCACGGGGGUGCAGAUUCCCUACCUCACCAUGACGGGUAACCCGUACUUCGGCCUGCGGUUCUCCGGCACCAAGGAUCUCACCCUCGGCGCUAUCACCAUGAACCUCAGCGGCGGUAUUGGUAUUCGCUUUGACCGUGACCGCGCUGCCAACUCCAACGUCAAGAUGGGCGUCAUCCGCGUCACCGGUGCCGGCAGCCACGCCGUCGAGACCUGGAACAUCGACCGCCUGACCAUCGACCAGGUUAUCGCUCGCAACUGCGGCGAGUCUGGACUGCUGAUCCAGAAGACGACCAAUGCUCGCGUUGGUCUCGUCGACGGCAACAACAUCGGUGCCGGUACGGGCUACGGCACUCUCCGCUUCGCCAACAACAACGGCCAGCUCUCCAACGGUGCCUACACUACCAACAUCUUCAUCGACAAGGUCGUCUCCCGCGGUGGUGGUCGUGGCAUCUUCUGCGUCUCGCAGUCCGGCGCUGCUGAGAUUGGCAGCAUCGACCUUGCCAACAACGGCAACAACGCUAUCCUCAUCGAGAACUGCUACAACGUCAACAUCAAGAGCGGUACCGUCAACGGUGGCGGACCAGUCCGUCUUGCUGCCCGUUCCGAGUUCCCCAACAACAGAGACAUCACCAUCAACAUCAGAGUCGAUGGCACUCAGGUCCAAGAGAACCCCUGUGGCCAGAACAUCAAGUGGACUCUCUCUGGCAACGGCCAGAGAAGCAUCUGCUAA